AAUCUGAUGUUUUUCAAAAUAUUGAACAUAAUAAUGGAAUAUCAGUUUUUAUCCCACAAGGUUACUCACCAAUUCUUAUUCAUGAAGAUGCUACAAAAAAAUUGAAAACAAUCAAGGAGUUCCCAGAUCUAAAUCUACGUGUUCCAGCAUUGAUCUUUCAUCCCAUCAAACGUCAACCAAACACCUUUUUAUUAUUUCGAAAUAAAAUAAAAGAUCAAAUAAUUAAUCCAAAUAUAGACAAUC